CCAACCCAGGACCAGCCUGAUUCACCAGGGCAGGCACAGACAGUCAAAGAGCUGCUGGUGAAGUCCAGUCCCCUCCCAACCCAGGACCAACCUGAUUCACCAGCUGACCGGAGGGUGGUGCUGAUCGGUCUUCUCGGAGCUGGAAAAAGUUCCUCUGGGAACACCAUCUUAGGAUCAAAUCGGUUUAAAUCAGUCAGUGCUGAGACUGUCUCUAAGUCAGCAGAGGUUGAGGGCCGUCAGGUCACAGUGGUUGACACUCCAGGAAUCACUGAUCCAACCGGUAAUUGCCUGUAUGAGGGGAUCAGGAAGUGGAUAGCAGAGGCCAGUCCAGGACCACAUGUCUUUGUUAUUGUGGUCAGAAUCGGCAGCAUGUUUACAGCAGACAUCAAACUGUUCAAGCUGCUGAAACAACUGUUUGAAAGAGAUGCUCUGAAGUACUCCAUGGUGCUUUUUACUCACGGAGACGAGCUGGGAGGUCGGUCCAUUGAUGGUUUGAUCCGGUCCAACCAACAUGUGUCUGACCUGGUCUCCAUGUGGUCGAGAUUCUGUGUGUUUGACAACAAAACUAAAAUAAGCAGAGAUCAGGUCAGAAACUUCCUGAGGAAAGUAGAUGAGAUGGUCUCAGAUAACGGUGGAGAACACUACACUGGUGAGAUGGCUCAGACAUUCCCAAAUGAAAGAAGGAAACUGUCAGGUAAUGCAGGACCAUCAAACAGCAGUGUAUGGGACAUAUUUAUGAAUCUCAUAGAGACUCAUGAAGAAGACGGUAUAAACCUGGCUGCAAUAGAAGAAGCAAUAGGAGAAGCAAUAGGAGAAGCAAUAGGAGAAGCAAUAGGAGCAGAAGUAGUAGCAGAAGUAGUAGCAGCUAUAGAAGCAAACGCAGCAGCGACAGCAGAAGAAACAGAAGCAGAAGAAACACUAGGAGCAAAAGUAUUGGAAGCAGCAUUGCCAGCAGUUGUAGGACCAAAAUAAGACCAAAUAAAAAAAAUUCAGAGGAUUAGUUAAUGUUUUCAUUUCAGACCAAAGAUUUGCGACAAGACGAGUUAACUUGUUGUAGCCGCCGGGUCUGCAGCGUUCUGAAAGCUGCCAGAUCCCACCAAUGAGAGGAGACGGUCUAUCAUCUCCAUGGCAACGCCUCUUUGUACUUCUGUUCUAAUUUCAGACUUUUAGGCUUUUUUGUAUCUUGAUAUAUCAUUUGUUUGUGAAAACACAUUUUAUUUCUCUGAUUCAGGGC